UGUUGGCGGUACCAUUUUCCGAUCGGAUAGUUCCGUUUAAGAUGCCAACACACCAGAGUGACUGUUGAUAGUGCAAAUGUGUUAAUGGUGUACUGUUACUAAAGUUCGAAUAAUGCCUCGUCCGUCAAGAGAAACAUACGGUGAUCAAAAACCCCCUUACUCAUACAUUUCGUUGACUGCCAUGGCAAUUUGGAGUUCUCCAGAGAAGAUGUUACCCCUUUCGGAAAUAUACCGGUUUAUCACAGAGAACUUCCCCUAUUAUCGAAGAAACACUCAGCGGUGGCAGAAUUCCUUGCGCCAUAAUCUAUCCUUCAACGAUUGCUUCAUCAAGAUCCCCAGGAGACCGGAUAGACCAGGUAAAGGAGCCUAUUGGGCGUUACAUCCUGCGGCAUUCGACAUGUUUGAAAACGGGAGUUUAUUACGCAGAAGAAAAAGAUUCAAACUGAUGAAGAGCGAUAAAGAAAUGUUGGAUAACGAAUUGGCCGCUUUGGCUAAUAUAAAUAGGUUCCUGUUCACAUCCGAGAGCCAAUCUCCUCAAGAACUAAAUAGUGCAAUUGUUCCAAGAAUUCCUAUGCCAAGAACAUUAUCUCCACCUGUAAAUAUCACCGAAACAACGAAUAAAGUUCGUCCCAAAAGGCCAUUUACGAUUGAAAGUCUCAUUUCACCAGAUCAUCCAACUCAGGAAGUAAGAAGCGCUCACCACUGUCCCAUCUCAACUCCAAUAGCUCCCCAGAUGCAGUGGAACGUUCUUCCGUAUCCCGAUUUCAGUUUAAAACCGCCUUUAUUAGUACCAUCAACGACGUAUUAUCACCAUCAGUAUCCUGAUCUCAUUGCUGGUCCUCAGCUUGCUCUUCCAACUGUUUGAUGAUGAUGAUACGGAUGUCUUAUUAAGUCUGAUAUUAACUGUAUAUAAGAAUUAGGGCUUCAGAACUGCACGAAUCGUUUCGUUUAUAGAAUAUCGAACUGUUGAAUUCUUCUCCACAUCAAAAUAUUUGUCAUUAUAAUAAUACUUGUUAGGUAAGUUUUACCCAUUAACUUAACUAUGCGAUGGUUCUACACGGAGAUAUUAAAAAUCAAAGAAACGGCAACCAAAAACGGGUAGAUAAGUAUUUAAGUACAUUUUGUUUCAUCUAAAGUGCCGAUAACGAUAAGUUGUUCCCGAUUUUUAGUAGGUGCCUGCCUCACAAGCAGCGAAACGCCCAAAAGAAAUAUUUCCAAAAAGAAAACAGGUCUGAAAUGAUUGCCAUGUUUCAUAUUUAUCUAUAACACUUAAGAAGCAGUAAAGUUUGGUAAUCAACUAGAAGAGACUACUGCAGUGUCUUCUGGCUCACUAACUAUAAAAGAGGCUUACCACUAAUUACCACAAACACUUUUUUUGAAGAACGAACACGUGUUUGGCUCACCUCGAUUACCAUCAACGCAAGAUUGAUAUUGUCAAAAAAUCAAAGUGGACGAAACACUUAUCCUUUCUUCAAAACAGAACUUGUGAUAGGACCAUGCAUCCGUCUCUUCAAUUGAUAUUAUUUUUGCUUGCUGACUGAUUUUUAAUUUUGUUUUGACCUCAUAUUUUGAAAAAAUUUAAUAUCUCAAGGAUAUCAGGUAGUUAGUUUAUUCAUCCGUCGGAACAAUUGGCGAGCUAUUGUGUGCUAAUCUAUGAAGAAUAAUCUUAUUUAUUGAUCUGGAUAUACUCCAGAAGGUAAUUUAAGCCAAUUGGGGAGAUUUGUCCGUGAGGGAUGGUCAAAUUGCAGAUAAUCUGAUGAGUGAUGGACAAAUUGUCUAUAUCGUUAUUGUAACUUAAGGUGAAACAGAGUGUCAACACAAAAAGAUACUCUUAACAAAGAUGUGUUUACGAAAAAAAAAUUACCUAAAGUGUUUUUUCGUGCCAGAGGGCAAAUAUCCAACAGUUAAUGUUUUAUAUUAGUGCCAGUUGCCAAUGUAUGUAUUAGGAGCUUUCAGAAAACAGUUUAAUUGUUAAUAUUCAUUGAGCUUUAGAAAUGAGACUGCAUGAUACGACGGCAUUAUAUUUAUGUAUAUUUAAGUACAUUUUCGGUACUUUUAAUUGAAAAGAAAGGAGAAAAUUGUAGUGCAUUAACUAUAGGUACUAUAUCAUGUGAUUUCGCAAUAUGAAAAAGCUAUUUUAGGUGUUGCGUAGAGCGCAUAUUAUAAAGUGAUUGUGAUAUUUACAAAGUACAUAAAUAUUAUAUACUUAAUAUAAAAAGCGGUAGUAGAUAUACUGUAAGCCUAUUUAUUAAUUAUUUUUUAUUAUUUCCGCAUUUCGGCACGCGAUAGAAAGAUUUAAAAGAGAAGUACGUAUUGAUGACCGUUUUCGGGCCCUUCAAUUAACUCUUAACACGAAAUCGUUUUGAAUAAAAUUUGGGCUUAUGAAAUUACAAAAGAUAAAUUGUUUCACUCUCUUUUUCGGACAGGGCACGCAACUUAAAAAAAGAAAUGUUUUUGUUUGAAAAGAUUAACGUAUACACAACGGCUGUAGGUACUGCCAUUUCUGACGAAGGUCAUCCCUAUCAUAUACAUUACCUUUUAUUCAAAUGAAGGAUAGUCAUUUGCGUAUGGUCCUUUUUAGAGAAAAAUUUGAUUAGGAAAUAAAUGCAAUUGGUCUAAUCUCUUACAUUUAUUUUACAUUUUUAUCAAUCUUUGUUGUACAGAUGGAAAAUUCCUUUAUUGUUAAAAGAAUGUACAUGAUUAGACAGUAGCCUGUGUAGUUAAUUAAUAAUUAAGGAUGUAAAUCUAUGUAAAAAAGUUACUUAAUAAUAAGUUUAUCAUGU